UUGUUGAUGCUCAUUUGUUGUAUAAAGGAAAGAAAACGGAGUGAAUGAGGGAGUAAUAGGCGCUAUGACCGGCCACGUAUCAGUACCUCAAGAGACACUGGAGAGGGGGGAUAUGUGAGCUGUCCAGGAGUAAUGGAACUGAGUGAACGAGUGAAGCAGUGUCGAAAACCCCACUCAGGGCUUCACCUCAGCACCUGCAAGAACGGAUGGUCAGCGGGUGGUCUUGACAUCUUGGGAGUCCCUUUGGAAGAGCUGAGAAGACACCGAAAGACCAAGGAAUGCAGUGAGGGUGUCCCCAUCCCGAGUCCUGUAGUGACGCAGCGGGGAGUGGACAGUGGGCGGGGGACACAGCUGAGGUUCUCCGCCCUGCUUCGCUCCGCUUCGCCUCGUCUCCUCUCUUCCCGUUGUUCUUUCCAGGUGUUGGUGACAAUGACUGCUCCUUUGUGACGCCUCAGAAGUGGAGAACAACACAGCAGUGGUCUUGGGAAGGUGGAAGCCUUGGUGUGUACUGGUGUGUCCCUCUCUCAACUCACUACAAGCCUUCAUAUGAGGAUUUUCAAGAAUUCUGGGAGUCCUUUGUGCUUACCACUGAUUGGCCUGUGUAUUUUCACAUGUUCAACACAUGAAGAGAAUAAGGUCACUCAGCAGGCAAGAGCAUUAUCCAGUGACAGACCUUUGAGGUGAUCAGAGCUGAGCUUGAUGAUGUGGUGGACCACCCUUGAGAACGAAGAUGGUGGAGCCCCUCCUCGCCCUGGCCUCCAAGUACCACCCCUCAGCACUCCCUGGUGAGGCAUGGCUGUGCUGCAGGCACUAGGACUUGCCUGGGCUGCCUUCACUCACCAGGUGGAGGAUCAGCCUCUGAGCCUGGUGACUGCCAUGCACCACCAGGCAGACCAUGCUACCUAGCCCUCCUCACUAGGGGGAUGUGAGGUGGGCACUGGAGAUUUGAGGAAACACAAAGCACUGUGAAGAGGACACCCCUGGAGGCUGUCAUCAGUAGAGGUGGUAGCAUUCUGGAGAAGGAGAAAUGUAGAAGAGAUUAAUAAAACAUGAGAAAUUA